CCGUAUUGUUUACAGGAAGACGGGCCAACAUGGCGGCUGACCGCUAGCAAGAUGGCUGUCGUGAAAAUGUUCAUUACUGCAUGUUUAAAAUGAUUCACAACACGAAGCGAUACGCCUGAUUAUCGCCAUGUCAUGAUUUGACCCCGAGCUGCGUAUAAGUGUUUAUUUUGAGGGACGAACGGUGUUUUAUUCGCCCAAACUUUGUUAGCAAGUUAGUUGAUCAUGGCGGAGGCGGAGGAGCUGCGGCCCGUCCCCCGGGAAAGAGCCAUCCUGGAGAGCUUCUUCACGCAGCUCGGCAUGUUUUCCUUCGACCGGGCCAAGGACUACGUGGAGAAGGAGAAGGACAGCAACAAAAGCUCCGGCACCAUUUGGACCGCGCUCUUAGCCGCGCUGGCUCACUUGGUGGCGGCAGAGAAGGCCUAUCACAACAUGACGUUCCUGGGACAGAAAAUGGGUGGCCAGUCUUUCUUCAGCCGCAAGGACUCCAUCCGCACCAUCUACACGUCGCUGUACAACGAGCUGAGGAAGGUGGUGACUACGGGGCGCCACGGCCAGCAAGGCUCCGCCUCCUACCUGGAGGACUUACUGUCUCACCUGUCGGAGCAGCUGUGCCACUUCACGCAGGCCCGCGUGGAGAUGGCCGACCUCUACGAGAAGAUGCACGUGUUGGCCGGCCAGAAGAACGUCAGCUGUGAGGAGCUGGUGACGGCGCUGGAUGGCGUCCUGCACAAGUACAGCUCCAAGUUCCACCAUCCCAUCCUGGGCCGAGUGGAGGAGAGCUUCCAGACGGAGGUGGACGUGGUGACCCAGUUACUGCGCUGCCAGGCCCAAGUGUCCGAGUGGCACUUCCUGCCCGCCUUGCUCAACCUGCACGGCGCCACCACCAAACUGGGCGCCUGGAGUCAGCUGUUCCAGCGGCAGAGAGAGACUCGCAAGCAUCUAUUCGGAGGUCAGUCCCAGAAGGCGGUGCAGCCGCCGCACCUCUACGCCUGGCUGCAGCGCUUCCAGGCGGCGCUGCUGGCUAAGUUCAGCUUCUACUUCCACGAGGCGCUGAGUCGGCAGACGGCGCCCGCAGACAUGCGCGCCCUGACCGCCCGCACCGCCCCCGACUACCACGGUAAGAUUUGCUCCUUCGUGCGCAAACACGACGCCAGCAACGUGUCGCUGGUGUUCGACAACCGCGGCUCCGUGAGCUUCCAGGGCCACGGCUACCACCACCCCCACUCGUACCGAGAGGCGCCCAAGGGGGUGGAGCAGUUCCCCGCCGUGGUUUCGCUUCCGUCAGGCGAGCGCCCACUCACACAUUGGCCCAACGUCAUCAUGAUGAUGGGGGACCGCGCGGCCGAGCUCAACACUUUGGACAAGGUGGUCCACUUCUAUGACGACAAGGUCCAGAGCACCUACUAUCUGACCCGGCCCGAGCCACAUUUCACUCUGGUGGUCAUCUUUGACGGCAGGAAGUCCGAGAAAGACCUGCACAUCGCCGCCUUCCUGCAGGAGAUCUCCGCCUCGCUGAGGAACUCAAAACCCUUCAGCACUCUCAAGCCAGGCUCAAAGGGAUGACUGCACCACCAAGAAAGACCCUUCGCUUCUCUUUGGGCUUUUUGACAAAUGUUCCCCAUCAAAAGACAAAUUGUUCUACUUUUCCGGCAAAUUCUUUUAAUUCAUUGCUAAUUUUAAUGAAUCAGUCUGUGCUUUAAUUUUGUUGACUUUUAAUAUUUUGUAUUUGCUAUGUUGUCACAUUGUUUCGAUCAAUAAAAACAUUAAAUGUUCACGUACUAAAACGGUGCUUCAAACAGAUGCUGUUGCAUGAUUUGUUCACCAGGGGGCGCAGCAG